GACCAACAAGGUGCGUGGUCACGUGACAGAAAGGCGGGAGCACGUUGUUGCAUAGAAGCCGGCCAUUUUGCGAGAUAAGGGUUGCAUUUAGGUGGAUUUUUACCGUUUCGUUCAUUGCUCGUAAGUUGAAAGGCGACAGUCAUGGCGUCCAGGACAAAGAAAACCACAACUACCACUUACACCAGCCGAUCCGACUCUGGGAUCGAGUCGCCUGGCUCCAGCGCGUCCUCGCCUCGCCGGCAAAGGCCUCCAUCACCGGCAAGAAGGGUUCGUUUGCAAGAGAAAGAAGAGCUUAUGAACUUGAAUGACCGUCUGGCAGCCUAUAUCGACAGAGUACGACACUUGGAGACGGAAAAUAGUCGGUUGUUUACUCAAGUGCGAUCUACUGAAGAAGUUGUGAAACGGGAGGUGACGAAUGUUAAGUCACUCUACGAAAGCGAGUUAGCUGACGCAAGGAAGCUCUUGGAUGAUACCGCCAAAGAAAAGGCUCGUUUACAAAUUGAAUUGAACAGAUAUAAGGAAUCAAGUGACGAGUGGCAGUCAAAAUACUAUAAACGAGAUCGUGAAGCACAGAGUCUAGAGAAGAAAAUUGCUGGUUUUGAGGCCACAAUCCUCGACCUUCAACAACGUCUUUCAGAUGCUGAAAGCAAGAAGAAACCACUAGAGAAAGAAAAUGCUAAUCUACGAGCAGAAAAUGCUGCACUGCAGAAACAGCUGGACAAACUCAAGGCCCAGUUGGAGGAAGAAACACUUCUACGUGUCGACCUUGAGAACAGAGUACAGAGUCUCAAGGAAGACAUCGCCUUCAAAUCUCAGGUGUAUGAAAAGGAACUUGACGAGAGUCGAACCCGGACUACUGUUGAGCUGGAGGAGGUGGAUGGACGUCUGCAGCAGGAGUAUGAGGACAGACUAGCUGACGCUUUGCGUGAUUUGAGGGGGCAACACGAGCAUGACCUGCACCAGGUCAAGGUUGAACUGGAAGUUCUCUAUGAGAACAAGCUGGGAGAUCUUCAGAGCCAGGUGGACCGCAGUGGGGCGUCAGCUGGCAAUGCCUGGGACGAACUCCGGACCAUCCGCAAGAAGUAUGAUGAUUUGUCAUCGGAGGUAGCAAGACUACGCUCUGAGAAUGCUUCCUAUGGGGGACGUGUGUCAGAGCUGGAGGAACGUCUACGCCGUGAGCGUGACGAGUUCCUCAUCCGCCUGGAACAGAAGGAUGCUGAGAUCGCAGAGUUGAGGCAGAACCUAGAUGACCAGGCCAUGGAGUACGCGGAUCUCCUGGAGAUCAAGAUCCGGCUGGACCGGGAGAUCGACGCAUACAGGAAACUGCUGGAAGGCGAGGAGGCCAGGUUGAACCUGUCCCAGUCUGCCACAGAGGGAACCCCGCGGAAGACACCCAAGAUCUCCCAGGUGUCACGUGGCGCCAAGAGGAAGCGAGUGACUCUGUCCGAGGCGGUGGAGGAAUUCUCCCAGCAGGCCAGCAGCAGCGGCUACUCAACACAGACCUCUGCCAAGGGAGCCAUCGAGAUCAAGGAGGUCAACCAAGAUGGCAACUACAUUAGACUAACCAACAAGUCAGGCAAGGCUGUAAACAUUGGAGGAUGGCAGUUAAAACACGCAGCUGGUGAUGACGAAACAGUGUACAAGUUCCAUCGCAAUGUCACUGUCAAGCCAGGCCUGGAUGUCACGGUAUGGAGCUCUGAUACCGAAACCACACAUGACCCUCCAUCUGACCUUGUGAUGAAAGGUCAACGCUGGUUCAUCUCAGAUUCUAUGAGAACAGUAAUUGUCAGCAAACAAGAGGAAGUGGCAUCAUGUGACAUGGCCAAGUCCUCCAUGAGUAGCAGCAGCUCAUACCGAACAAGUUCCAGCCGACCCGGCCGGCGAGCUACUACAGUUUGAAGGGGAGGGAGAAGAUGGUCAAAAGGAAAAAUGUGCUAUAAUGUGAUCAACCCAGGCAUGUCAUGACUACAAAACAUUAUGCAUAGUGAGAGGAAAAGGGACCCAGUACGUUAUUGGAGAAGAGUGAUAUCAUUAUUUCAGUUAUUUCCUGGAGAUUGUCUUUAACUGUAAUAUCUACAGCCAUCCAGGAACAAGACUGCCGUGAGGGGACAAUUUGGGUCAACGUGAGACUCACUUUGUUUUUCUGUUUGUAAUUAAUCAAAGACGAUAAUUUUCUAAUCAUUAUCCCCAACGGCAUUAAAGUUGCAACCUGUUCAUCCAUGACAAUACAUUAUUGGUGCUCAGUGGAUCCGAAACUUUACAUCUGGUUGAAUAGUGUUGACAAUUUUAGUAUUUGUUUCAUUCAUUGUUGAUGCCUUCCAAAUAUUGUUGGGUAAAUGUUAUUGAUCGAACUUGUCCCCUCAUGAGAGAGUAGAUGUUUUAGAUGUCUUAAGUUAUCUGUUAGUGCGUUAGUGUGGGGUAAGUCUCAGUUGCAGCGAAUGAUCAAAUUUACAGUGCUUAAUCACUGCCAGAGUGACGGGAAACAAUGAUUCAGGAGCUGAUCCUGGGAAAUAUGUACAAAUUCUUCCCUCAAUGUUUCUUCUUCAGUCAGAUCACUAUUUAGGAGAUAUGUCAGUUGACCGAUGAAGGAGGUAUAGUAGCAUUGUGGGUGGCGUACUUGCUGAUCUUACAAAACACCUGGGUUUUAUUCCCCAUUUAUCUACUGUGAGUCCAUUUUGGUGCAACUCGCUGUGAUCUGACAAGAUAAUUGCUUAGUGUUUCAAACCAUCCUCACACAUCCUGUUUGAAUAGCAAUAUGUAAAAAAAUAAUUCAAAUCUCCUCAAUCGUGUGAGAGCAUUGGUUUAAAAUUAAAACUAUGUACUCAACAGUUUGAUAGAGGUGAAUUUAAAAGAAUGAAAACAUUUAAAAUACCCAUAUAAUAAACCCAAAAUAAAUAUAUGUUGCAAUCUGAUAUGAUUAGAUAAAUUUCUUAGUCAUUCAUUUGUAUCUUUUCUUGUGCAUAUUUCUCAGCAUCAUUUUAAGGAGGCUGCCAUGUUUGAAAAUGGUUACAAAUAUUUGGUUUGGGCAGUCCUGCUAGUAAUGACACUGUUCGAAAAUGGAUGAAAAAAUCUCAGGAAUACGAAGAACUUAAUCUGACUUUGUUACGUUCCAUAUUUUGUAUUUCCAUUUAGAAGAUAACAAGCUGCCCUGCUAAUAUAUGUAAUCGCUUAGGAAUCUAUCAAAGUAUACUAUUUAUAUCCUACGUUAUGAAUGUUUUGUGUUUUGUACUUUUAUUUCUUGCACACUUCAUCAUAGAUGAACCUGUUAAUGUUGUUUUAGAAAGCUAAAGCAGUACACUGAUGUGGACCAAUAAUCCUUGAAAUGUUUACAUGAUAUGAUUCGUAUAACACAACUCACUACUAAUAUAUCAAUGGAUGUUUUGUAAAUUGCAAAUGUCAAAGUGAAAAGGAUACAUUUGUUGUAGAAGUCACUUUUGGCGUUAAAUAUUUGUGUUCUUUUACGAAAAUACCAGCAGAUAAUCAAAUGAUAGACUUCUUGAUCCAAAAUGUGCAAGAGUGUGAUUUCAAGAGUGUGAUUUCAAGAGUGAUGUUCACAUUGUUAUAUUGCAUGAAAUAAACAUCUGUACAAAAUAAAACAUUUUGUGUCAUUUUACAAUCAGUGCAUCAGUGAAUUGGUUUAGCCUUAUUAGCUCCACUGUUGCAGCUUUAGUGUCAGUGCUUAGUGCUCAACUGAAAGUCCUACUGUCCAACCUAUAAAGCACAGAAAUAUGCCCUGGUAUGAUUCCAUAUCUCAUGCAGGAAUUGUAUUAACUGUUGAUUAAUUUAUCUAUGGAUGCAUCUUUGUCUGUUCAGUUAGUCAUUGUUUUGUGGAACAGCAUGAAUCGGGUGUGCAUGUUACUUUAGAAUAAUAAUUGAACAAUAAUGGUUAGACCACAAAUAUAUUUUUGAGUGACAGUAAAUGAGUAACAUAUGGACAUACAAGCUGAUUCAGGUUGACGCUUUGCAUAAUAAACAUGUUUUUAUCCAAGCUCUGCAAAGUUAUUGCUGGGAACAUUUUAAGCAACCUACCCUUCACUGACCAAGGGAUGUAACACAACCUGUGUAUACUUGUAUGAAGGGGUGAUGGUUUGUAUGCUUCAGUAAUCUGGUCAGCUGCUUCUCAGUAAUGAGAAAUGGUAUCUUAUCGUCACUAACCAACUGGGAACUAGGAUGCCAUUAUAUGAAGACAUUUGUGAUGGUUUUGUUUCGCAUGGAAAGAUUCAUGACUUAAAACAUUUCAAGUACUGAGAUCUGAUCUCACAAGGUGGUUGUGUUGGAGUGAAUUGUAUCCCUCUGCUGAUGACCAUUUUUGGGGAAAUCUGAAAUGCAUGUCAGUGACAUCCAUUUGCAGGAAUGUCAAUUUACAUUUACAUUUUUUUUCACAAAACAAACUGAUGAAAAUAUUUGUACUUUUUUUAUUCUUUUACAAAUUUAAACUCUAGGUUUUACAGCUAGUAUCUGGUUCAGGUUUUUAUAUGUUUUUAAAAAGAUUUUUGUCCUCCAAUGCCUUUUUAUCAAAACUGAACAACUUUGGCAUGGAGCGCCUUUAAGUGUUGGCUCUUUUCCUGUGUUAUCUGCUUGUUCCAUAUUUGUUGUUACAGAGCAUUCUGUUGCUCUUGUUAAACAAAGGGUUACUUUAGAAAGCAAUAUUGACAUAAAUCUCACAGCUUUCAUGUGACUUUGUUUAAAAUUUCAGUCCUUGCCAGUACCUUGUUUCGUGUGUAGGAUAGUUUUGACAUGACUGCAUUGUUUCACUUCUAACAUUGGUCUUUCUUGUUGUGAGUUUUAUUCUCUUAGAUUUGUCAUUUUAUUAUGUGAAAACAUAUUCCAUAUGCUCGCCACCAUAAUAAUCAUUACAAAUCUAUUAUUUCAUGUCAUGCACAUAAUGUAUGUAGAUGCCUUUCAUAUAAAACUCAAACAUACU